UACAUCUUUGGUCAGCAAAUUUGAGGAAUCUUUGACAAUGUUUUGAUCAGCUGUGCGUGAUUUUCAAAUUUGAUUGUCGUCGCGCAAGAAAUUUUGUGGAUGAUCUGAAACUACUUGAAUCAUGGCGUAUGAAGUACAUGUACUUUACGAUGGAUUCUCGAAGAUGACGGAGAAUGGAAUGGAAGCUAACUGUAGUUGCACGUUAAUUAAAGGACCGAAAAAAAUAAUAGUCGAUACUAUGACAGCAUGGGACAAGGAACUUAUAAUCGAAGGACUAGCACGCCAUGGAGUCACCUGCGAAGAAAUUGACUAUGUGGUUUGUACUCACGGUCAUUCAGAUCAUAUAGGGAACAACAACCUUUUUAUGAAUGCAAAACAUAUUGUGGGGUUUUCUGUAUCCUUCAAGAAUACGUAUUUUAUUCAUCCAUUCGAAACAGGGGAACCUUAUAUUAUAGAUGAAGAUGUGAAAGUUAUACCAACACCAGGCCACACUCUCAGUGACGUAUCUGUAAUCGUUAAAACUAAAAGUGAUGGCAUUUUUGCAAUUACAGGUGACUUGUUUGAAAGAGAAGAAGAUAUAAAAGAUCCACAUUUGUGGCAACAUGUUGCUGGCAGUGACGAACCUGGUCUGCAGCGGCAGAAUAGGAACAGAGUACUACAGUUGGCUGACUGGGUUGUACCUGGCCAUGGUCCUAAGUUCCAGGUAACACAGAAGAUGAAACAGGAUGUCGAAGACAUUUUAAACAAUUCUGAUAAUCAGUUUCACUACAUCUAAACUAUGUAAAUGUUCAAUAACUUAUUAAAAAUUUUAUUAUGAAGUGCUA